UGAAGUUGUACAAAUUAUAAUGCUACAGAAAGAAGUCUAAAGAGAAGAAACAAGUCAUUUUGUUUCAAACUUCAGACAGGAAAUUUGAUAUGCAGAACAACUUACAUUUUGGCUUGUAAAUGUUGAUCAUGGGGUGAUCCAGAAAUAAACUCCAGACUUCAAAGCAAGAGAAAGUUCAAAGCUGCUCUGCAUUUUAUCAACACAGAGAGACAGGAGAGCAAUGCAUCCAAAAGGGAAUAUUCUGAUUUAAUAGUCCAUGAAAAUAUAAUUCUGCAGUAAACAACUUUCUACAAAUUACAAGUGCCUGGAAACUGGGGAGUGAAGUAUUGCUUGAGUGACAGCAGAGUCCAUGUGAUCUACCCAUGAUGAGGUAUGUGACCUGUAUUUAUAUGCAUUCCAGGGGUAUUUUUAACCAUCCCUUCUGACUUACAAGAAAAAGGAAAAUGACAACGCACGUUACCGUACCAAGAGCAGGCACAAUUGGACAUGAGGAAUACAGCCUCUACAGCAGCAUGAGUGAGGAGGAACUUAUUGAGAUGGCCAUUCAUCAGAGUUUGACAGAAGACCCUGCUGAGCAAAUAGCUGCACAGAAGACGGUUACUGCUGCACCACCACCCUGUGAACCCUACUGUCAGAACUUCUACCUUUAUCCUUGGGAAAGGCGUGCUGCACAGUCCGGAGGCCAGACUUCAGCAUCCGGUUCAGGAGUCAGGCGGAGGUACGAUGGCAGCUUCUUCAUCUUACCCCAGGCUGAAGUGCUGGAUCCUGUGAUCCAGGUGAUCAAGGAAGGAGAUGAAACAGCACUGCACAACAUGAUACAGGCAGGAAAAAACCUUGCACAGCCUAACAAAGAUGGAUGGUUGCCACUCCAUGAAGCUGCUUAUUAUGGACAAGAGAACUGCUUGAAACUGCUGCAUGGAUCUUUCCCUGGGACAAUUGAUCAACGUACACUUCAGGAAGAAACAGCACUCUAUUUAGCAACAAACAGAGGGAAUAUUGAUUGCAUGCGUUCAUUGCUCCAGGCUGGAGCAGAACCUGAUAUUGCAAACAAAGCCAGGGAGACCCCACUUUAUAAGGCCUGUGAACGCAAAAAUGCUGAAGCUGUGCAGAUGUUAUUGCAGUACAAUGCUGAUGUGAACCAUCGCUGCAAUCGUGGAUGGACAGCCCUUCAUGAAGCUGUUGCUCGAAAUGAUUUAGAAAUAAUAGAACUUUUAAUUCAAGGAGGUGCCAAGGUUGAAACUGCAAACUGUUAUGGAAUUAGCUCUUUAUUUGUAGCAGCUGAGAGUGGCCACUUAGAAGCCUUGAGAUACCUGGCAAAAUGUGGUGCUGAUAUCAAUACCCAAGCUAGUGACAAAGCUUCAGCUCUCUAUGAAGCUUCUAAAAAUGGACAUGAGAAGAUUGUGGAAUUUCUCUUGUCUCAAGGUGCUGAUGCUAACAAAACCAAUAAGGAUGGGUUCUUACCAAUUCAUAUGGCCUCCAAAAAGGGCUAUUAUGAGAUUGUGAAAAUGCUACUCCCAGUAACAAGUCGUACUCGCAUCAAGCGUAGUGGCAUCAGCCCUCUACAUUUGGCAGCUGAGCGCAACCACGAUGAUGUCUUGGAAGAGCUGAUUGAUGCUGGCUUUGAUGUAAAUGCCACACUUUCUUUUGAGCGUUCCCGACUCUAUGAGGAUAGGCGUACCAGUGUCCUCUAUUUUUCAGUCUUCAACAACAAUGUAUAUGCCACUGAGCUGCUGCUUGAGGCUGGCGCUGAUCCCAACGUUGACCUUAUCAAUCCAUUGCUCAUCUCCAUCCGCCAUGGCUGUUUGAAGACAAUGAAACUGCUUCUUGAUUACGGAGCUAAUAUUAAUGCCUACGUUGCCUCUCACCCUACAACUUUUCCUGCUACUGUAAUGUUUUCAAUGAAGUAUCUUGCCGUGCUGAAAUUUUUGAUGGACAUGGGCUGUGAUGCCAACUCUUGCUUUACGUGUUGUUAUGGGUGUGGCCCACAUCCACCUAUUGAUGUUAGGAGGGAAAGGUAUAGUGAUCCUGCAGUGAAUAAUGAAAACAAAAUUGUACAGUUUUGUGAAAUGGUUUCAGCCCCAGAGAUGAGUCGUUGGGCAGGCCCUAUUAUAGAUGUUCUUUUGGAUUAUGUGGGCAACGUGCAGCUUUGUUCCCGGUUGAAGGAACACAUUGACAGUUAUGAAGAUUGGUCCAACAUUAAAGUUAAAGCAGAGCCACCAAGGCCACUUGCACACCUUUGUCGAAUAAAAAUUCGAAUUGUGAUAGGAAAAAACCGUCUUUCACUUAUUGAGACUUUACCUUUGCCAAGAAGACUAAUUCACUAUUUACAAUAUGAUUAUAGCCAGUGAUCUCAAGUAAACCUGACAAUCAUGGAGUGAUAAUCAUAUGUAUUAUAGAGCGAGCUGCCAGAUGGAAACAGAUUGAUAUGAUGGAACAGAAAAAUUGUAAGAAGAAAAACAAUAAGGAUUUCUGCAAGUUAAAUCUCAGAACAAAUGCAACGGCAUUUAGAGUAUGGGAAAGGGCUGAAAAAAUGAGAAUAAAGCACUCGGCAAAUAGUAUAAGGGAUAUUAUGCUAUCUUACACUCUUAGUAUCUCAACAUUUAGUACAAAAUGCAGGUAGGGUAAAAUGUAGAUUGUAAUCUACCAAUAAAUCUCCAGGUGAUCCGCAUGUCACCAAGAACUUCCAAUUCUCCCUGGUUUAAUAAUGGUGACAGAAAACCUUUUUCCUCCUUAAUUAAACUACUAAAAUAAAUGUUUAAAAGCUUGGAAGAAAAUAGGAGAUUUUAUGAUGUGAAAGAAUAUAAGCACAAACUCCAGUUCUAUUACCAAAAAGAAAUUCCUGAUCUGGGCAUGUGUCCAGUAGUUUUAAAUUUGCCUUCUUAAGUUGUUAUUUUGUACUUGAUUCUGGUUGACGGACCUCACAAUUCUAGUGAAAAAUAAACAUGCAUAUUGUAGGCCUAAAUUAUUCACAACCAGAUAUAAGGAAGAGGUAGCAAAAGUUGUAUCUCUCCAUAUAGGUAAAUGCAAUGAAUUAUGCAGAUGAUCACACUGUAAUCAUUCAUAGUGAUAUCAAUCAACUCUUUUUUGGUUGCAGCAAUUAUAAAUAUUGCUGCCAACUGUAUAAUAUGCUGGAUUUUGUGUCUGGUGACAUAACUGAUCAUUGUGUUAAUAGGCAUUAGCAAGUUUACUCAUUCAUAUGGAUAACAAAUAUAUUUUGUCAAUAGUCAUGUAACAAAACCAUCUUGAUGCAAUGCAAAGAUUAAAAGAAGUCCAAUAAUGAUUAAAUCAGCAUAACGUUUUAGUUUUGGGAUUGUAUUUUAUUUUUACUUCAGUUUGCUGAAUUUACCAAUGUUUGACUGUUCUAUUCUACGUCACCAUAGUUUCAUGUUUUCCCAUCUAAUUUAACAUGUAUUUGCCGUUUAUUCUUAUUUAAAAAAAUAUUUAACAUUAUUUUCUUGUUCCUGGUUAAGCAGUUUUGCAAAUACUGGAUUUCAAGAAAUGAAAGAUAUUGAAGAAUUUAAUUUACCAGAAAUAAGAAUACAACAUUUAACUCAGAUGUAUAGAUCUGUAUCAUAUUAUAUAGAUAUAUGAACAUACAUUAGUUAUGAGGAUUAAUGUGACUGAAACCCAUGGUAUUUAACAUUAUUUUAGCAGCAUUGAAGGGGAGAGUAGGUUCAAAUCCUGUGUUGUUUCAGAAAGACUUCAGGAGAAAAUUCUUGAUCUGCUAUUGAUGAAAAACAAUAAUAGUGAGUUACAUCAUUGCAAAGCCACUAGGUUAAUUUCAGAACAAGUAAUUUAGUUUAACAAGGUUAUGAAUUGAAAAUCUUAUUGCUUAAUUAGAUUAUGUAUAACAAUUUAGGCUUUCAUUAGAAUAGUCUUAAUGCCCAAUGAUCUAUACCUAAGCAAUGACUUAGCAGCACUAUAAUUUUUAAAUAAAACUUUGGUUUGGGGGCAUUGUAUACUUUUAGAGAAAUAAUUUAGUGGCAUUAAGUUAUUAGAAGAAAAAUUUAUCCUCAUAGAUUUUGUAUUGUAGAUACCUUAAAUUGACAUCCUCUUAACACUUAACACUUCCAUGAGAAAGUAUUCAUCUUUCUAAUUCAGAUCAUCUUUAUGGGUCUCUGAAGUAUAUAUAAAAAACACUUCAACUGAUAUAAUUCAUAUUUGCUUUAUAAGUGUGAUAACAAAGAAGCUUAAUGAUACUGCAUCUAAGUUAAUUCAAAGAGAUUUAAGCAGAGUUCAUUAUAUGCAUUUCAAGAGUGCUUUGCAGAAAUGUCUGAAAUAAACUGUAGGACACCUUGGAGAUAUAUAUAUAGAUAUAUAUAUAUAUAUAUAUAUAUAUAUAUAUAUAUAUAUAUAUAUAUAUAUAUAUAAAACUGGCUUAAUAUUCAAAAUAUUGCAGUUCCAUGAAUAACUUUUUUUAAAAAAAUAUAAACUUUGAAUUGUUUUAAUAUAACAUGGUUGAAGAUAGCACCAAUUCAAAAAAAUAUACAUUUUUAUAUUUUCUACAAGCUGAGAAAUCUAACUGAUUCACUCUUUUUAGGGAAAAGUUCAUAUAUUCAGUAUAUUGGAGAAAAAGAAGCAUUAAAAAGGCUUCCUAGUUUUUCUCAUUAGACAUACACAGAUAAAUUGUCAAUUUGAAUUCCUCACUCACAUAACCAGGAUUAACUCCAAUGAAUGCUACAGAAUGAGGAGAAAAUUAUCCACUAAAUGUCCCUUUGAGAAUUGUCCUUUCACUUCAUUAUUUCUUGCCAUUUACAGAAAGAUUUUCAAGAAAACUGCUUGGCUAGGUUUACAUAGAUCUGUUAGCUGAGUAAUGCCUUAACACUGGUUUAACGUAUGUAAAAUAAUAAGAAUUAUCUACUCAGUUUUCUGUAUACUAGCCUGCUCCAGGGAAAUUACAAGUAUAAUGGUGGAUAUCUAGCUUUCUACUGCUCCAGUGAUCUUGUGAUUUUUUUAAAAAUUCACCAGUUUUAUCAAAUCUGUACAAAUUCUAUUGUUUUAUACAAAUACAAAAUAUUAUUGUAAAUCUUAAAGUUAAGAAUAUUUAGGACUUAAAAAUAAGCUUUAUAGUUCCAUGUUUUACCUGAUAGUGUUGAAGACAGAAAGAACUGUUAUUAUGCUCUGUAUCAUAUACAAAGAACAUUUUAGGAUUUUUGCAGACUGUUCUAUUAACAUUAUCUGUUUGAUCUAUUAUUUUAUAAAUGUGUGCCUAAGCAAGAUUGCAAUGUAUUUUUGAAAUUUUUGUUAUGUUAACAAUAGUGUUUUUUUAAAACAACUGGAGAUUAAUGUGGGAGGGAUCAGUGAACCAAUAUUUUAAAAGCACUGUGUUUUUAUGUGUUGUUGUUUGCAUUAAAUUUGAGUAAAAUUAAUUGCACUGCAUUUUUACUUAUAAGACAUUUCUUAAAUGAGUAUACACACUACAUGUAUGUUAAAUGAAAUACACGUAGGAGAGCGAGGGUCUAGAUAAAUUUGGCCUGCAAUAUAAUUUAUCAGACCCCUGCAAUGGAAACUGCAUUUCCUGAUAUAUUUUGCUACCAUGUUUCUCUAAUUCUAAUUUAUAAACAUAAGUUCAAUUAAAUAUUUAUCUGAUAUUGUAUAAAUGUUAUGCAUUCAUAGAGUGCUACAUGGGUUGCCUUCCCUAGUGAUUUUAUAAAACAUUGUGC